AUGGUUCACCUCGCCCGGCGCCACGGCCACUCGCCGGCGCGGCUCUCGGCGCCACAACCGCGCCCGCCGACGGACCUUCCGCUCCCGCUCCUCCCGCCGCCGUCGCUGGCCUCGCUGCUGCUCGCUGCCGUCGCGUCCUCGCCGUCCCUCCCGCACCUCCGCCACCUCCACGGCCUCCUCGUCCGCCUCCACCCCUACCUCCCGCCGCCGUCCACCCCGUUCCUCCUCUCCCGCCUGCUCCGCCGCCUCGCCGCGCUCCCGCUCCCACCCACGCCCACGCAGCUCCGCUACGCGGUCGCCGUGUUCUCCUCCCUCUCGCCGCCGGACCCGUUCCUCGCGGCCGCGCUGCUCCGCUUCGUGCACCUCACGCAGCCGCCCCUCGAAACCUUCCGCGUCUUCUCCCGCCUCCGCCGCGCGCACGGCCGCGACCUCCCGUUCCUCCCGUUCGCCUUCUCCCCGCUGGCAAAGUCCGCUGCGGCCGCGCGCUCGCUGCCCGCCGCGGCCGGUGCGCACGCGGUGUCGCUCCUGCUCGGAGGGUUCGAUAAGCACCGGUUUGUUGGGAACUCGCUGAUCGGUGCCUAUGUCGCCUGCGGCGACGUUGGUGCCGCGCGUAAGGUGUUUGAUGAAAUGAUGGUGAAGGAUGUCAUUUCGUGGACGAGCAUUGUGGCGGCGUAUUCUAGGAUCCGGGAUAUGGGUUCGGCUGAGGAGGUGUUUGCGCUCUGCCCGGUUAAGGAUAUGGUGGCGUGGACGGCAAUGGUGACGGGGUAUGCACAGAAUGCCAUGCCAGUGAAGGCGCUAGAGGCAUUUGAGCAGAUGGCGGUGGCCGGCAUGCCCAUUGAUGAAGUUUCACUCACUGGUGCUAUCUCAGCCUGUGCUCAGCUCGGUGCGGUGAGGCGAGCCGCCUGGGUUCAGGAAAUCGCAGAACGGAAUGGUCUUGGGAGGAACGUGGUUGUCGGGUCAGGGUUGGUGGACAUGUAUGCCAAGUGUGGUCUCAUCGACGAGGCACGCAGGGUUUUUGAAGGGAUGCAAGAGAAGAAUGUGUAUACCUAUAGCUCAAUGAUUGUUGGCCUAGCAUCACACGGGAGGGCCAAUGAUGCAAUUGCUUUGUUCAAGGACAUGGUUAGGAGGGCAGAUGUGGAACCCAACCAUGUUACCUUCAUUGGAGUAUUGACAGCUUGCAGCCAUGCGGGGAUGGUAAAAGAAGGGCGCUACUACUUUGCGCAGAUGAAGGACAUGUAUGGGAUAUUGCCUUCUGCAGACCACUACGCUUGUAUGGUUGAUUUGCUUGGUCGGGCUGGGUUGGUGAUUGAAGCCCUUGACCUUGUGAAAUCAAUGACUGUGGAGCCUCAUGGUGGUGUUUGGGGGGCACUGUUAGGUGCUUGCCGAAUCCAUGGAAAUACUGAAGUCGCUAAGGUUGCAGCUGAACAUCUUUUUAAGCUUGAGCCAGAGGGCAUAGGGAACUACGUGUUGUUAUCAAAUACACUUGCAUCAGCAGGAGAAUGGGAUGAAGUCUCAAAGGUUAGGAAGCUGAUGAGAAUUCGGGGGCUGAAAAAGGAUCCUGCGGUGAGCUGGUUUGAAGGCCGUGAUGGUUUUGUGCAUCAGUUCUUUGCUGGUGAUAAUACACACCCAUGGAUGCUUGAAAUAAAGAAAAGAUUAUUGGAGCUACGGGCAGAACUGAAGCUUGCAGGUUAUGUGCCAAUCCUUAGUUCAGUUGUUUAUAAUGUAAGCGAGGAAGAGAAAGAAAGGUUGUUAAUGGGUCAUAGUGAGAAGCUUGCUCUGUCAUUUGGAUUGCUCACACUUGAGUCUAGAUCCUCAAUUAGGAUAGUAAAGAAUCUAAGGAUAUGUGAGGACUGCCAUUUGUUUAUAAGAUUGGUGUCAAAAGUUGAGCCCAUCGAGAUUAUAGUCAGGGACAAUAUGAGAUUUCAUCACUUCAGAGAUGGAGAAUGCUCAUGCGGUGGAUUCUGGUGA